AUGAGCUUCGAGGACGUUCUCUCUGAGGCUGGAGUUUUUGGAAGGUUCCAGAUGUUGUCUCUGCUGAUUCUUUGCCUCCCGAGGGUCAUCCUACCCCUACACUUUCUCCUUCACAUCUUUAUUUCAGCCGUGCCCCCCCAUCAUUGCGCCAUUCGCCCCCUGGGGCAGAUGGGUAACCUGAGCCGGGGCAGAUUUCUCUACGUUCCUCAAGAGGUCGAUGGAACCUUCAGCUCCUGUAAGAUGUUCUCCCAUCCGCAGCUCCAGAACAGCUCCCAGGAUGGAGCCAACAUGUCGUCUGUACAGAACUGUGACCAGGGGUGGGAGUACGACCACUCAACGUUCACCUCGACCACGGCCACCGAGUGGGACCUGGUGUGUGAUAGGAAGGGGUUAAAUCAAGCAUCGGCCACCUACUUCUUCGUGGGACUCACCGCAGGGUCCGUGGUGUGUGGAUUCGCAGCAGACAGGUUUGGGCGCCGGUGGAUCCUGCUGGUGUCGUUCCUGAUCAGUACCGUGUUUGGCGUGAUGUCUGCUGCCUCCGUGUCAUACGUGAUGUUCUCCAUGUGCCGGUUACUGUCUGGAGUCGGACUCAUGGGAAUGACCCUGAUAUCCAUCACAUUAGUCUUGGAGUGGACCGACGUGGCUCAUCGCACCCUCUGUGGCAUCGUUAGCAGCCUCUCGUGGACCGUCGGCUACAUGCUCCUCGCCCUGCUGGCUUUCUUAAUCAGAGACUGGAGGCGGCUUAUAGUGGCCGCCACCUCACCCUGUCUGCUCGCCAUCGCCACGUGGUGGUGGGUUCCGGAGUCGGCUCGGUGGCUCCUCACUAAGCAGGACUGGGUUUCCGCUCACAGAUGUCUCUCACGCUGCGCAGAGAUGAACGGGAGGCCGGAUUUCCACCGCAAGAUAUCACCGGAGGUCCUGCAGAAGACGGUGACCGUCGAGUGCAAAAAAUACAACUUGUGGGAUCUGGUGAAAACGCGUCGGCUGAGGAAGAACACGGUCUGUCUCGGGAUCAUGUGGUUCGGAGUGGCGUUCAGUUACUACGGCAUCAGCUUUAAGGUCACCGGCUUCAGCCUCGGCCCGUUCCUCACUCACUUCAUCUUUGGGGCCGUAGAGAUUCCAGCCAAGGUGGCCGUCUUCCUGCUGCUGGACCGCGUUGGCCGGAAGCCGUGUCAGGGGGGCUCUCUGCUCAUAACGGGCGGCUUUAUAGCCCUCACCAGCCUCCUGCCCCCAGGCCACGUCCGCUCCGUGACGGCCAUCCUGGGGAAAGGAUUCUCGGAAGCCGCGUUCACUACGGCGUUCCUGUACACGGCGGAGCUCUACCCCACGGUGCUCAGGCAGACCGGCCUCGGCUUUUGCUCCUUCAUGACCCGGCUGGGCAGUUCUUUGGCCCCCCUGGUGAUCCUGCUAGAAGACGUCUGGCACUUCCUGCCCCCCGUGGUCUUUAGCUCCAUGGCCCUGAUUUCGGGGGGCGCUGCCCUCCUAUUGGUCGAAACGUCAUGCGUUCGGUUACCGGAGACCAUUGAGGACGUGGAACUGGACAGGAUGAGAAUUGCGACGGUCAGCAGAGACCCCUCUGUUUCCUCAAAUGGAGGAUCGCUCCCCAGAACCGCUUUACCCGCGAGUCCCACGUCAUCCCCGAGGGGGCCGGGCUGGACAGACACCUCUCAGGAGCUCCCCGGCACAUAA